CACCAUGUCAUUAUAAACUUCACACAAGUAGCAUGUUUGGUGCUCUUUUAUUGAUACUAACUCUGAUGUUGCACACAUCGCAUGGCGUGGGACAGGAAAGGGUUAAUUUUUUCCGCCGCCGACAUUUUUAUUCGGCGCUCUACGGCAACUUUUCAACUCGCAUGUGCAGCGAGCUGGCGCUGUGUUUAACAGCUACAGCUCACAUUUAGGUUGUAGUUUGUAACGGUGUGUUUUUCUUUAAAAAAAAACAUACCUACGGCCCACAAACCCGCGACACUGGCAGCUCUUUGUUGCACAGAGCCGUUAAUGCACAUCACCUCAUGCAUUGAUCAGCGUUUGCGAGCCAGAUGCUAGCGCGGAAACGCAAACUGCCCUCUUUCCAUGGCAAAUAAACACAAAGUGGUGAAGGCCCAGACUUUCUUCAGACAUGUCGGUGAGGGAGUCCUUUAACCCCGAAAGCUAUGAGCUGGACAAGAACUUCAGGCUCACACGCUUCGCCGAGCUCAAGGGCACAGGCUGCAAGGUGCCCCAAGAUGUUUUACAGAAGCUGCUAGAAACCCUACAGGAGAACCACUAUCAAGAGGAUGAACAGUUCCUGGGGGCAGUUAUGCCUCGAUUAGGCAUAGGCAUGGACACCUGUGUGAUCCCCCUCAGACAUGGAGGCCUUUCUCUGGUGCAGACAACAGAUUACAUUUACCCCAUCGUGGAUGACCCCUACAUGAUGGGAAGAAUUGCUUGUGCCAAUGUUCUAAGUGACCUGUACGCCAUGGGAGUGACGGAGUGUGACAACAUGUUGAUGCUUCUGGGCGUCAGCAACAAAAUGUCAGAAAAGGAGAGAGACAAAGUUAUGCCGCUGAUCAUCCAGGGGUUCAAAGAUGCAUCAGAAGAGGCUGGCACAUCUGUAACAGGAGGACAGACGGUACUCAACCCCUGGGUGGUGAUGGGAGGAGUAGCCACGACAGUCUGUCAGCCCAACGAGUUUAUCAUGCCAGACAAUGCAGUGCCUGGAGACGUGUUGGUGUUGACCAAGCCACUUGGAACGCAAGUGGCUGUAGCAGUACACCAAUGGCUUGAUAUUCCUGAGAAGUGGAACAAGAUCAAGCUGGUGGUAACCCAGGAAGAUGUAGAGCUGGCCUACCAUGAAGCCAUGAUGAACAUGGCUCGACUCAACAGGACGGCGGCUGGUCUCAUGCACACCUUCAACGCUCACGCAGCCACCGACAUCACAGGGUUUGGCAUCCUCGGCCACGCUCAGACGUUGGCACGGCAACAAAGGAGCGAGGUGUCAUUUGUCAUCCACAACCUCCCAGUGCUUGCCAAGAUGGCCGCCGUGUCCAAGGCCUGUGGGAACAUGUUUGGUCUCAUGCACGGCACCUGCCCCGAAACUUCAGGAGGCCUGCUCAUCUGUCUGCCGCGGGAGCAGGCAGCCCGCUUCUGUGCCGAGAUCAAGUCCCCGAAAUACGGCGAGGGCCACCAAGCGUGGAUCAUCGGGAUUGUAGAGAAAGGAAACCGCACGGCUCGCAUCAUCGACAAACCGCGGAUCAUAGAGGUGGCACCACAAGCGGCCACGCAGAAUGUCAACCCGACCCCUGGUGCAACUUCUUAAUCCUCCCUCCUUGGCUGCAUCAUAGACCGGAACCCAAAAGCUCUGCUGAGUGAUUUUAGACACAUAAACUACAAAAAAAAAACAUCCUAGAGUGUUGAAAUAUAUACACAAAAUAGUAUGUACACAGAAAAGACUGGGUUGGUGUGCAUCUACAUGAGAAAACAGCCCCACACAGUGGCCCAAGGAUCAUGUCACCACCCAGUGGACUCAACCUGCAGUAUCCCCAUGAUAAAAUGGUUCAGAAAUAGAGCAUACUUAAAAUCCGUUUGCCUUUUGUGUCUGUUGUAUUCUGUUAUGUUAAACGUGUGUGACUGGCAGGCAGCUUCUGAUAAGCGAGCGAUGAUGAUGAUGUUGAUGAUGACAAUAAUCUGAUACUGUUGAUUCAUUUUGAAUCUGAGGACGUCUGGUGUCUGUUGCCACUUCGGGUCUUUUAGAAUUGCUCUCAUCAAGCAAGCAGACCGCGCGAUGGUGUUUCUGUUUGUCUGUUCACUUUGUACAGUUAUAAAGCCUAGUUUUAGUUCUUUGUUGUAACUGAUGCCUUGAAAGAAACUGAGUAUGACCAGAAAGGUUUGUUUUUUUAUUACUUUGACUUUUUGUAUUGUCCCCACUUAAACUAAUAAAUAUUCAACUAGAAGAUGGUGUUGUUCCGCCCGCUGUCUGGGAGCUGCACUCAUGUGAAUGAUCCAAAACAAAUGUGACAUCAUCUACUCUACUGCAGAUCAAUUUUUUUUUCUUCACAUCACUAAUUGAUUCUGCUCCAUUGCGCAUUGACCUGAAGUCACAGAUGUGAAGAAAGCUGCAUACCACUCACGAGAUUAACCAUCUACCAUGUGCAUCCCUGACCUGUCAUCAUGUUGAGGGUUGUGUGUGUAUUCAGUUUGCGUUACCUGGUCACAGAAAUGUGCACCUGUAAGAAGCAGUCCAGGUUGUUAAGUAGCCUUCUAAGCAGUGAGCUUUCUGCCUUUUGUCAAGGGCUGGUGCAUUUUGUUUUGCUCUCUCAGUGUUUCCAGGAGGAUGUGCUGAGAGCAGCCUGAUGUACUGUUAUACAACCUCCAGCAUCAGUUUUCUUUAUCCUUAUUGCCAGGAUGGAUCUGGAAAGGCCUCUGUAAAUGUUCAUAUGGAUGUCAGGAACAAGACCUCCACCCCACCUCUUAAAAUAAACUUCUCUUAUAAUAUGU